AUGCGCGUCGCGAACGCAGCAACGACGACCGAGAUAGCCCCUCCUCGCAACGCAAACUCCGUCCAAGACAAAGUCAUCAAUGCCGACAUUCGCAUACGCUCGAUUGAAGACGAGCUUCAGCGCACCGGACAGUCUUCCCAAGCUCAGGAGACUCUUGUGGAGAGCACGCCUAACAAGGACAAUGGCGAACCGAGCGCGGAGACGCAAAAGAAUUGGUGGGCAGAGGCCAUCGCAGAAAACAUGGAUCUGGCAGACGGCUACACCAAAGUUGCAGUGCUGUUGAUCAAGUGGGAAGACGGUCUAGACGAGCUCAUGACUGGUGGCGAGGCCAAAGAACUCGAAACCCUCUUUCGCGAUCGCUUUUACUAUCAAACCAAGACGGUCGAAUUGAACGUACGGGAGAAGCCACAGCAUCAGCUCAACAAACAUAUCAGCCAAUUCAUCUGCGAGCAUGACGGAGCGCAAAGUCUGCUCAUUGUCUACUAUACUGGGCACGGCGUUUACCAAGAAUCCACCAAAACACUGGAGCUCACAGGAACUCCAAACCCCGAGGAAUCAAAAGGCUUGAUUAAUACAGCCCAUGCGAGUUGGAACAUGGCAGAGGAGCAGCUCCGUCAGCCAAUCGUCGAGGCCGACGUACUGACCAUAUUGGACACUUGCUACUCUAGCAAUCUUGUCAAAUCCAGCCGGCAACAAGAGAAGAAGUUCGAGCUGCUGAGCGCCUGUUAUUUCGACGAAACGACUGCCGCUCCUGGCCCCAAUUCAUACACUCGUGCUUUCAUCGACGCUGCCAAAUACUUCCUCGACAACGAUCCCAAACGUCCAAUAUCUACUUUCAGCCUGACACAGCGCAUCAACGAAGACAAGAGGCGCAUAGAUACGCCCUCACACCUCUGGGGUCGUAGCCGGAACCCUCAGCCAAAUCAAGAGCACAUCUUUUUGACGCCCCUUACUCCCUCCAAAGCCGAUGCCCUACACGAAUACCGUCCACGAGCACAGAGCUACUUGACCUUACGAUUCGGUCUGCGCCACACCUCGCUGAAUCAAGCACAAAUCGAUUACAUGGCUAAGCUUCUUACAAAGGCAUUGAACAACAAGGAAUCAAUUGGCCUGAGGAGAAUCGACUGCAUAGACAUGAAGCCUGCACCGCCACUAUCGCACUUCGAGCGCGUUACAUCCGUACUGCGCGUCAAAGCGAAGUGGAAGCUGCUAGUUGCUAAGAACAAGGAGAGAAAGCAGGCACAGAACGGAGGCGAUGCGAACGGGUCGGUGAAGCGCGCAUGCGAGGAUGCAAACGAACUACCACAUGCUAAAAGGCAGUACCUGGGCCCAAUACCCCCGCCGUCGCCGGCAGUAUCGGACGCAUAG